AUUAUGCAGGAUCAUUCUUACCGUAAAUUGCAGCUUGACCAAUUGUCUCUAUCAAGUGCCAAAUCCAUUAUGAAAGGCGUAUCUAAACUCAACAAGAAGAGGUUACUCAGGAUGAUGUUUCACCCAACAACAAAGUCAUCCAAAAAAAACCAUCGCAACAGGUUCUUCCUUGAAUCCUCUACCGUUGUCGACCCUUUCACUUUCUAUCUUCGUGGUUAUGAAGUUGAGGAUUAUCAUAAUCAUGAUCGUUACCUCGAGUGGGUAGAAGAGAGGGUUGAUGAUAAGUAUAACAACAUUGAUGAUGAUCAUACUGUUGAGGAGAGAGAUGUCGAUGAUGAUGAUAUUAAUCGUUUGGCUGAUAGGUUCAUCGCGAAGUGUCAUGAGAGGUUCAUGUUGGAGAAGGUUGAAUCUUUCAGGAAGUACGAAGAGAUGUUGUUGAGAGGUUUGUGAGAAUCGAAAAGAAGAGCGACGACAAAGAUCAUUUAUUUAUUUAUUUUAUUUUAAGAAGUAAUCCCUUUUUUGAUGGAUUUCUUAUACUUUG